CUCCAUCUGUACCACCUUCAGAAGCAGCAAUGAGGAUCCUGGUGUGCAUGUUCCUGUUUGGACUGGCUCUGGCCGAGGAGAAGCAGGUAGAGAAACGGGGAGUGGUUGGCUCCCUGGGUAGCUACGGUGGAGGAGCGACUAUCGACCAUGGAAUCGGCGCCAGCAGCUACAGCAGUGGCGGCAUCAGCGGAGGUUAUGGGGGUGGCUACGGGGGCGGCUUUGGCGGUGGUUAUGGAGGAGGUUACGGAGGAGGCUUUGGAGGUGGCAUCAGCUCUGCGGUUGGAGGAGGUCAAGUGACCAACAUUGCCAUUACCAAGCAGGUCCCUGUCCCGUACCCAGUACCAGUGCAGCGUACUGUCCCAGUACCAGUGAGGGUUCCUGUCACGGUGCCAGUCAACAGGCCGGUACCAGUGCCCGUCCCACAGCCAUACCCUGUCCCCGUGCAGAGGCCAGUCCCAGUACCCGUGAGCGUCCCUAGCCCAGUCCCUGUACCAGUACCACAGCCCGUCGUCGUCAACCAGCCGGUACCUGUCGUCGUGGGAGGCGGAGCUGGUGUCGGCGGAGGUCUCGGAGGCGGCUACGGCGGCGGCAUUGGUGGAGGCUACGGUGGAGGCUACGGAGGAGCCAUCGGCGGUGGUUACAGUGGUGGCUACAGCGGUAGCUAUGGGGGAGGCUACGGUGGUGGCUACUCUGGAGGCAUUGCUGGAGGCUAUGGAGGCUAUGGGAAAUACAGCCACUAACAUCAGCAGCUGAAACCAACACCUUAAACAGAACGUGCCACCAGAAAUGUUUUGUAUAUUUCUUACAAUGUUUUGUAAUUACAGCAGAAAAUAAAAAGUGUUUGUACGAUA